UUAGAAGUGCCUAUUUCUUUCUUAUACAAGUUGCAUGAUUCCUGUUAAAUAUAAGUAGUGAACUACUGAUUCUUUGAUUUACAGUAUGUUGAUCCAGAAUUUGGAACUGGGGUGCUGAAGAUUAGCCCUGGACAUGAUCAUAAUGAUUAUCAUAUUGCUCGAAAGCUUGGACUGCCGAUUCUUAAUGUUAUGAACAAAGAUGGUACACUAAAUGAUGUUGCUGGAUUAUACAGGUAUAUUGAAUCUAGCAAAACACGUCUCUACCACUCAGGUGAUAAGUUAGCUUCUGCUACAGCACAGAGUGUUCUGUUGUAUGUGUUUGAAAACAUACUGAAGCUAUUGCAUCCCUUGAUGCCGUUCGUCACUGAAGAAUUAUGGCAGGCAUUUCCAUACAGAAAACAAGCGCUUAUGGUUACUCCCUGGCCUGCCACUGACCUUCCUAAGGAUUUGAGAUCCAUCAAAAGGUUUCAGAAUUUGCAGUCAUUGAUAAGAGGAAUCAGAAAUGUUCGUGCAGAAUAUUCUGUUGAGCCAGCUAAACGGAUAUCAACUUCUGUUGUUGCUACUGUGGAUGUUCUGGGAUACAUAUCGAAGGAGAAGCAGGUCCUAGCUUUACUUUCAAAGCUUGAUGUUGAGAAUGUGCAUUUUACUGAGUCAGCACCAGGUACGUCCCGCUGUCCCUUGUACCUGUUCAAACUUAUCCUUCCUUUUUUUUUUCCGAAGGGGCUGGAAGCCCUGGGAGCACUGUUAACCGGUACCUUUUACAAAGAGACCCCUGAAGAAAGAAGAAAAUACAACGCACACCGCAAGGCACAGUCUGCAGGGGCCAAAACUAACACACAUGACCCUAGAAAAGAUCAAAUUUGAAGAAAAGGUCCGCGUCGCCACUGUAAACUCCAGUCGCCUCCGCCUGAGGAGAUAUCGAGCACCGGAAAGACCUCCAGCACAGCUCCGACGAGGGGCUACAGACGUUGGAAGAUGCGGCCACCACCCCGUCGAACACCAAUGGAAGAAGAAGCUAGCACCACCACCAUCCAGAGAAAGCAGCAGCGCAGCACCAAAUCCGCAUCGGCCCGCCAUGGAAUCACCCAAGCAAACCGAUCGGAACGGACAUCCACCGCCGGCACGAAAACCGACGAGGAAGACAAGCCUACAGGAGGCAAACAAAAGUUCCCACCGACAGGAAAGAGAACCUCCACCCCUUCGCAAAGAGGAGAGGAGCUGACCUCCAUGACGCCUCGCCGAAGACACCGCCGGGAUGACGCCGUCGAAGAAGCCCAGGAGGAGGAUUAUUCGCCGCCGGAGCUGCUCAGCAGCCGCAGCUCCCGGCACCACAAGCUCCGCCAUCGACGACGACGGCGAGCAAACCUAACUACCCCUAGAUCUACAAACCUAGGCUAGUAUGGACAUCCGGUGGUCGAAUCCCCGCUCCCCUCCUUCUCCGGCGCCGGAAAGGACACCGGAGAAAGAGGGGAGGCGGCGGAUUCGGCCCCGGCACAGCGGUCGCCUCCUUUUUGCCGGUCUCUCCUGUAGCCCUCUGGAAGGAACGGGAAAGGGAGCUACAUAGGUCCACUUCUUCAGUCACUGCAUUGCAUUGAUCAACACACGCACGCACCGACACAACUUAUCCUUUCUUUGUGCAUCUACCCACAACAAUAUUCUGUAAGACUGUAUCCUGAAUUUCCAGGUGAUGCAAACCAGUCGGUUCACAUUGUUGCUGAUGAGGGUUUGGAAGCCUAUCUACCUUUGGCUGAUAUGGUUGAUGUGUCGGAGUAGGUCAAGCGGCUCUCUAAGCGCCUCUCUAAGAUG